UUGAUUUGAUAUUUGCAUGAUCAUGUAUUUUUCUAACAAUUCAUUUCACCAAAAUGACAUAGAAGAAAUAACCAAGAUGAUGUUUUACAAAAUAACAAGAAUUCCUUGUUAAGGUCUAGGUAUUUCCAUGUGCCAUUUAAAAGUGUCACAUAUAGAAAUCAUUAUAAUCAUUUACAUCAUAACCAGGACACAUAACAAGAGCAUGUUCUUCCGGUGGAAAAUGGCAAUUACCUGUGUAUAAUUGCAUACGAGAUGCCGUACAAAAUAUCAAAAAUGACGUAAGUAACCUGUUAAAUCUGUUUAUGCAGCAUUAUUAUCGGAACUAUAUAAAGUUAUUUUUUCGUCGUGAACUGCGAUUGUUACAACUUGACAUUUGCUAAACUUUAACAGUUCUUUAAAAAUGCAAUUCCUUUCUUUGACUCGUUUUGUAGUCGGUCAAAAUCAUAAUAUUCUUGAAAUAUUAUAUUUUGGUCACAUUCGACACUAUGUAAAUGGAAGUCCGAAUAUUUGAUUGGCUACGGCUAAAUAUAUAUACUGUAAAAAGCACUGGUUUGUUCCAAAUAAAAGUACGUAUAUGCAAAAAGUGUUUAUUAUCAGCGCAAAUAUAACGGAUCUGAAUAUAAUUUUACGUUAUUCGUUGCCAAGGUUGAUGCACUGAGUAAUACAUCUCCGGCUUCUAAAAGUCCAAUAGCGAUUGCACGUUCUUGCAACGACAUACAAUCCAUGUUUUGUACUUUUAUGUUAGGUACAUCUACACUCUAUCGAUACAUGUUUAUAUUGGUCAUUAUGGUCAGUUGCACGAAGUGCACGUGCUCGUUUUCGAUUUUCAACGACCUCUCUCAAAGUAUGGUUUUGCAUGGUUAAUUUUGCAUAGAAUCCUUAAGAGUAGACGACAAAUUGGGGCAUUACAUAUAAUCAUUAUCUAAUGUGCAUAUUUUUAAAAUAACACGUGUUUAAUGCAAGUUUGUUUUUGGGGUACUUAUAUGUUUCGUUAAGUGUAUAAUGAAUAUUACUAAAAUUUUAUGUUACUCGUUGCCAAGGUUGAUGCACUGAGUAAUACUUCAGAGUCGGAAACUUUUCAUACUGUUUUGGCUGAUAUAGUAAGCGCCACAGUUCAAAGAGAAAAUGCAAGUGAGAAGUUAACAAAUGGAGAAAUGAAACUGCUUACAACGUCAUUGAAAACAAUUGCGACUGUACUGCCACCUCAGUUAGUGAUUAAUGAGUCGAUUUUAGAUAGUUUCUUUGAUUCUGUGGGCAAUAUCAUUGACAACAAUAACAGUGACACCUGGCAAUCAGAACCUGAGAGUACAAGUGCAGUUCAGCUAGUGUCAGCUGUAGAUCAAAUUUCUGAAACCCUCAGUGAAAAUUUGCAACCUGGUGACAUACGAAAUAUAAAAAAAGCUAAUAUUGCGCUUCAGGCACAAACAUUAGCAGAAAGCAAGAUUGUGUAUCCGGACGAAAACGUUGACAUCGAGUGGCUUAACACAGCCAACAGCAAAAUAGAAUUGCAGCCACAAGCAUUUGAUGAUGUAACAGAUCAAGUCGUUGCUACAGCUGUUGUAUACAGGAACCUCAGUGGUAUUCUACCAAAUACAUAUUCUAAAAGUGCAGAUGCAGUAACUUCAGAGAAAAACAAAAUAAAUGGACCAAUCCUUUGCAAUGACGAUACCGUCUAAAUAUUCAGCAAGGCAGUUAAAUCCUCCGAUUUCCAUUACAUUUGAGCAUUUUGAU